AUGUUGGGAAUGCUACGAACAGCCUCGAGUGCUAUCUCACGCCCUGCGUCUCGGCUUUAUGCCCCUUCAGAGAAUCGAUUGAUUUCGACCAGCGUCGCGGCGAGCCGGAAGCAACGAUCCCUUCCAGCAGCCUAUUACCGCGGAGGCACAUCUCGCGCCGUUUUCUUCAACGAGCAAGACCUACCUACGAGUCGCGCUCAAUGGGAUCAUAUCUUCCGCAGCGUCAUCGGCAGCCCUGAUCCUCACGGUCGCCAACUGGAUGGACUGGGAGGCGGGAUCUCCAGUCUGUCCAAAGUCUGUGUGGUCGGAAAGUCCACGCACCAUGACGCGGAUGUCGACUAUACAUUUGUCUCUCUCGGCAUAAAGAACACCGAUGUCGAUUACUCUAGCAACUGUGGCAAUAUGAUCAGCGCGGUCGGUCCGUUUGCGAUUGACGCAGAGCUAGUCAAGCCCGACUCGGCCGACUCGGCCUCGAUUCGGAUUCACAACACCAACACCGGAAAGAUCAUACGGGCCUCCUUCCCUGGCAUUGACGGAGAGGCAGCAGCUAGUGGCGAUUUCUCGAUCGACGGUGUAGCUGGAACGGCAGCACGUAUCCAACUCGACUUCAUCGACCCGGCCGGAUCUGUGACGGGAAAACUACUUCCCACGGGAAGCGUCACGAACGUUUUCGACGGCGUCACAGCUACAUGCAUUGAUGUCGGCAACCCAUGCGUUUUCGUACAGGCCAGCGACUUAGGUGUUGAGGGCAAUCUAACCCCAGACGAAAUCACCGCCGACGCAAAGCUCUUACAACGACUCAACUCCAUCCGCCGCCAAGCAGGCGUAGCAAUGGGAAUCUCAGACAACACCGCCUCAGUCCCAGGAAGCAUCCCCAAGAUUUGUCUUGUUUCAUCCCCUCAGUCGAACGCACGAAGCACCGAACAGAAACAAACACCUAGUGACGUCGACCUCGUCGCUCGAGCUCUUUCAGUCGGUCAACCACAUAAAGCUGUCCCGAUUACCGUAGCGCUGGCAUUAGCUGCUGCCGCUCGCGUGCCAGGGAGUACGGUUGCUCAGGUAUCGAAUAAGGAGGUUGUUGAUCCGGCCGGUAUCACGAUCGGCCAUGCGAGUGGGAAUCUUCUUGUCGGGGCCGAUUUCAAUGAAGAAGGGCAGUUGAGCUUUGCUACAGUUUUCCGCACGGCGAGGAGGCUUUUUGAAGGUCGGAUCUUCUGGAAAGAUGAUGGAGUUUCUGAGUAG